AUGCCUUUUCUUUGUGAAAAAGUAACUGGAAAAAUAUUCUUAUGUAAUCCAAAUGCUACAUGUGGAUGUUCUACUUCAUUCACUCUUAUAACACGUAUUAUUGGUGGUGAAAGUGCAUCACACCAUGCUUGGUCAUGGGCUGUUUCUCUUCGUUCUUCUGGAGAUCAUUUUUGUGGAGGAACAGUUCUUUCACCAUCAUUCAUUAUUACUGCUGCUCAUUGUUUUGAGAUGAAUACUGAUGUAACAAAUAUUACUAUUGUUGCUGGAUCAUCGACUUUAAAUACUUCAUCAAAUGAUACAUCUCAAACUCGUUCAAUUGCUAAACUUUACAUACAUCCUGAUUAUGACUCUUCUAUAUCGACAAAUGAUGUGGCUAUUCUUCGCUUGUCUGCUCCAUUAAAUAUGUCAAACGAAAAUAUCAAACCAAUCUGUUUACCAUCUGGUAUUGUUUCUCAACCACAAGAUAAUAUUGGUAUGGUCGCUGUAGGAUGGGGUUCAACAUCAGCAUCGACAAUUAAUCUUUCUUCAACUCUUCUUCAAGUCACAUUACAAAGCGUACCAACUACAGACAAUGGAUGCCGAGUGGUUAUUGCUGAUAGUACAGUACAAUUUUGUGCUGGAAUACAAACUGGUGGUAAAGAUACUUGUCAAGGUGAUAGUGGUGGACCAUUAAUGGCAUAUGUUGAUAAUGUUUGGCAACUUUAUGGUAUCACAUCUUAUGGCUAUCAAUGUGCAUUUCCUGGCAUUCCAGCAGUCUACACUCGAGUUACUCAUUAUAUAGACUGGAUUAAAUCUAUCAUUUCACCCACGGAGGUGUGGGGUGUGCCAACAAUACCGGUUAUAAUAGUAAAUAAUGUUGAACAUUCACAUGAAGCAUUUGUAUUACAUUGGUAUAUUGUUCCAUUUUGUUUCUUAUAA